GUGUGUUAUUAUUCCAUGUGAUUACAGCUGUAUUAAGUUUACGCACUUAGUGUUUUUUUUUAAUUAUGCAAGAAAAAUACAGGAAAUUUAUUUAUUAAAUUAAUACCGGGAAUCAAAAAUUAGUAUUUCAUAUAUUGGUAAAUCCGAUUUAAAAUGCAUCGCAUUUGGUCAGCAAAGUGGACUAGCGUUCAAAAUGUACGUUUGCUGCUCAGCAAAUGUCCAAACAACUGUUCUAUACAAAGAUUUGAAUUAAGCCGAAAUUAUUCUCAUCUUCAAAAAUUUGCAGAAAAUUACAUAUGCGGCUUCGAUUUGAUAAAGCGGCAAAUGCUUAUUGACGGUCCAGGCUUCCGUUCGCAAUCUUCAAUAGGUGAAACACUAAGGAAAAAAAAGAAACGCAUAGUAAAGCCGAGGUAUUCUAAAUAUGUUGAACUUCUGGAAGUUACCGACAUGUCAGCCAACGAGCGAAAAUCACGCGUAAAAAGACUUAGAGCGAAAAAAUUGCAAGCAUUUAUAGCGAAAACGCAGGCUCAAAUAAUUGAAAAGCGCGCCAGGGAAGGAAAGCAAUUAAAAAAUAAAACUUCAGUCUCAAACGUAAUGGAAAACGUUACCCCUAAAAUAAAGGCAGAACCAGCGAUUUACAAACAAAUCGCCAUAGAUGACAUGGGCCAUACAAUUCUGGAAUCAGGAAUUUAUGAUGACAAACCAUUGAUCUUUUUUGGAAAGGAAGAGUAUACAAAGCGUGUCAUAAGUAAUACAGAAGACAUCAAAAAUAUCAUCAAGAGUUUCAACAACUAUCGCGACAUAAUCGAAAGUGUGGGAAAUGAAUGUCAAGAUUCCUGCGAAAUACCAAUCGAUUCAUUCAGCAGUUGUACUGUCCCAAAAGAGCAUGAUGUUGAAGAGUUACUGGAUCCGUUAGUGACCGAUGAACCCUUUAUUUCUUCCGACAGUAUUGAAUUAAAUACUUUGAAACAUAAUCCGCAGAAAACAGAAGCUGAAGCAGUGACCAAGUCUAAAACAAGGUUCAAGUCAAAAGUUCAUAAUAGUGAAGAACAGGAACGCUUUGCAAAAGAAAAGGCACUUCGAAUUAAUUUGGAAGCAUACCUUAAUGUUUGUGUUUCCGCGGGUAUGGUCUACCGCGGUAUGUCUACAUUGUUAGCAUACAGGCAGAGAGCAAAGAAAAAAUCAGAAACUAAGAGUCUUAUUACGAUUGAUUUUUAUAAUACUCUGCUUCAUGGUCUAGCGGAAAAGGGGUCCUUUGAACGAUUUGAAGAUAUUUUCACAUUAAUCGAAGAAGAUCAAUUAAAAUUUAACGAACAAACAUUCGCCGCAAUAUUUGAAUGUCUGGGACGCGUGGAGUCGUCGGAAGAUAAUAUUGAGCGAAUUAGAAAGUUUGCGCAGAUGGCAAACAAAAAUGGGAUAACAUUAAAUCAAAUAAUGGACCGAUCAGUGUUUACUGCUGAUCAAAGAGACAUUGCCCUAGAUGCUAUUCGACGUAUUGAACCAGAUUUUUCUCCCAUUUAUACGCCACCAGUACUGAGCUACAAUAAUAAGCUACUUGACAAUUUAAAUGAACACAUUCUGCCAGUAGGAAAUUCCGCGCCAAAGACCACUCCACUUUCACUACCCUCAAAUAAGACGAAAUCGAAGCGUGUGUAUGAUAAAGCGGAACUGCAAAACUUGGCACGUGAACAACUGAAGGUUGAGUUGGAUGGAUGCAUUACAAUCAAAUCAAUUGAAAGUUCAAAGGAAUUGGCAAAUGCUGAAUAUUGUCGAGGCAGGCUUAAAGACCUAGAGGAACUUUGGCGUACUCAAAUCAAUGCGGCCAUUGUCCGUGACUUAAAUACAUUGCGAGCUCAAAUUCGUUUCAAACCGAAUGGUUUUAUGAAUUACUACACAUACCUUAAAACUCUAGACACAUCUAUAUAUACGGAUAUUUUAAUAAAAGAGAUUUACAAAUUAGCUGAAGGUUCAGAAACCUUUAGUCCAACAGUCGGGCAACUUUACAAAGAACUUGGUCAACAAGUUCAAAAAAGAUAUCAAGUUGAAAUGAAAAAGAAAAAUGGGAUAUUGGAGAAAAUCGGAGAAAUAUAUAGUUCAUAUUGUGAUGUGUUACAAAAGUCGGAUACAAAUGAUAACACUCGGCAAAUGUGGCAACGACUCGUGCAUGAGCAACGUGUUAGUGGGCCAAGCAUGGAUGCGAAAUGUGUUAGCUGGCCUCCCAAUGUACAAUCUGGAGUCGGUCGUUUCCUUUACAAUAUUUUAAUGCGUGAUAUAAAAAUAGAUACGCACAUUAUGCGACAAAAAAGUAAAAUUAAACAACAAAAUGUUUUACCUGCUUUUUAUACGCUUUUUCGAAACCAAGGACGCUUAGUAAAGGAGGAAGUGAAACCUCAUCCUGUGCUGGCAAGAUUACUACGUACCGCACAUCAGAAGACAUUAACAUUUGAUUCAAGCCUUGUACCAAUGCUUUGUCCUCCGCAGCCCUGGAGUACACCAAAUAAUGGAGGCUACUUACUAAAUAAAUCAGAUCUGAUCCGUUUACCUCACCAGGCAGUACAACAAUGGGAACGCAUAAACUCAGCCAACCCGCAGCAAAUAUAUCCAGCUCUUGAUUCUUUGAACCAACUAUCGAGUGUGGCUUGGCGCGUCAACACUGAUAUACUCGACGUUAUAAUAAAGAUAUUUCAAAAUGGUGGUGACGAGAAACUUGACAUACCUCAGCCGCCAAGCUCACUGCCGCCUCUACCCUCAAUACAAGAAGAAAAUCCUGUUUUAACAGCCGAUGAACGCUCGAGACGAUUUAAAGCCAAAUUAGCUCAUCGACGAAAGCAGGGAGAGAUGUAUAGUUUAUGGUGUGAUACCUUAUACCGGCUUUCCUUGGCAAACCAUUAUCGCAAUCGUGUAUUUUGGCUACCUCAUAACAUGGACUUUCGUGGUCGGGUCUAUCCGAUACCGCCUCAUCUCAACCACCUGGGAUCUGACUUGGCACGCUCUAUGCUUGUUUUUGAUCAGCCACAGCCCCUUGGACCUGAUGGUUUUAGUUGGCUUAAGCUGCAUUGCAUCAAUUUAACCGGCAUAAAGAAACGUGAUUCAGUGCGUGAACGUUUAUUGUAUGCUGAAGAUAUAAUGAAUGAAAUUCUCGAUUCAGCUGACAAUCCUUUGGACGGCAAUAUGUGGUGGACGCAGUCAGAUGAACCGUGGCAAACAUUAGCUUGCUGCAUGGAAAUAGCUAAAGUAUAUCGGUCAAAUAAUGCUGAAGGUUUCCUAAGUCGGUUUCCGAUACAUCAAGACGGUUCUUGUAAUGGACUGCAGCACUAUGCGGCCCUAGGACGCGAUGAAGCUGGAGCUAAAAGUGUUAACUUAGCUCCGUCACCUUUACCACAGGAUGUUUACAGUGCUGUUGCAGCUCUUGUAGAGAAAUCUCGAAAAUCAGAUGCCGCGCACGGAAUCCAGGUAGCACAAGCACUAGAAAGUUUUGUCCGUCGAAAGGUUAUUAAACAAACCGUAAUGACCACGGUGUACGGUGUUACACGCUAUGGCGCAAGGUUGCAGAUAGCUCGCCAAUUGAAAGACAUUGAAAAUUUUCCCAAAGAGUGGGUGUGGCCAGCUUCCACCUAUUUGACUUCGAAAACAUUUGAAAGUUUAAGGGAGAUGUUUACUUCAACACGCGAAAUACAGGAUUGGUUUACGGAAUGUGCUCGGCUUAUAUCAGGUGUUUGUGGACAAAAUGUUGAAUGGAUAACACCACUUGGCCUACCGGUUGUGCAACCUUAUAACCGGCAGGAAGUUAAGCACACCGUUCGUACAAGUACUCGCGUGUCUGAAACUAUGGCAAUGGAUAUGUACGAAAAGCCAAAUGUUAUGAAACAAAAAAAUGCAUUUCCACCGAACUUCAUACAUUCGCUAGAUUCAUCUCAUAUGAUGCUAACUUCACUGUAUUGCGAACACGAAGGGCUUACAUUUGUAUCCGUACAUGACUGUUUUUGGACUCAUGCAUGUACAGUACCCGAAAUGAAUAAGAUUUGUCGGGAACAAUUCGUAUCUUUACACUCGCAACCUAUAUUAGAAAAUUUGUCAACAUUUAUGAUAUCUAAAUACAGUUUCAAGGAAUCGGAAAUUCUAAAUGAUGGCUCAGCUGAUGACCUUUCAAAGCGGCGGCUUAAUCGAAUCUUGGGAGAGAUGCCGAGAAAGGGUAACUUUGAUCUUCGAAAUGUUUUGAAUUCUGUUUAUUUUUUUAGUUAAGCGGCAGAUGUAGUACAAUACAUAAAACGACAAAAAUUAAUUGUCUUAAUUGUAAAAUAAUAAGACACUCCCAUUUAAAAUAACUUUCGAGGAAUGCUGCUAAAGUGAUCCAUCGACGGAUUUGAAUCGCAAUCGUUCUGGCAGCAUAGACUCGACUGUCAAGGGAUAUAUUGUAUAUAUUAUGGUAUACAAGUGUCUCAAUUUGGUGUAAUGUGCUACACAAAGUUUUAGUGAAGUGUUCAAAACAAUUUACUUUCUCACUACUUUUAAGCUACUAACAUUACAAACCAUGUGUGGUUGUAAAAUAUUUAUAAAAAACGCUUUAACACAAUAAAAUGAGAUACGUUGUUGACAGUCUUUUGAA